AUGGCGUCCUCAUCACGAAGUGGUGAGAAUCGUCCGAUUCACCAGGACUUCAUCGCGCGCAUUCGCUACUCUAAUGCGCUGCCUCCGCCUCCCUUCCCGCCGAAGCUGCUCGAUAUCCCCAACACGGGCCUUGCCAGUGGCCAGUACACAGCGCCUGGCUUCGCCUCGCGCCUUGCCCGCGAGCAGCCGCUCAACAUCGAGGCCGAUGCCGAGCUCGGCAUGCCCUUGGACCUGGUGGGAAUGCCAGGCAUCUUUGACGGCGACGAGAGCUCUAUCCAGGCCCCGGCCCAAGCUCCGCAACCACAUCCGCACGAUAAGCCACUCCUGCGGUCGCUGCAGCAACUGGGCAAGCCCAAGACGGACAACGCAGCUGUGUCUUUCCUCCGACGUACCGAGUACAUCUCUUCCGCCGCCACAAAGCAGCAUGGCAGUCCUCUGCGAGCCUUGAACGCGAACCCGGUCCGACGACCACCUAAGCGCAAGUCGUCGCCCGAACCCGACAAGAACUCCCCCGCCUACGUCAAGAGAAAGAUCGACCAGAGCUUCGCCGUCACGGAGCAGAACUUGAAGGACCGAUCGCGCGUCAGGCACCCUUCGAAACGCAACUUGCGCCUUGUCGAUGCCUACCCCUUGCUACCUGACCUCGAGGCCUUUCCUGAUUCGGGCGCCUAUGUCACGAUCAAGUUUCUCACCAAUCCCGUGGGCAAGUCGGACAGCUACGAUACCCGUCUGUUGAACGGUAUCUUCAGGCCGAUCGAGCGGACCGAGGCCGAGGAAACUGCCAUUCAGGCUGCGCGCGAGGCCUAUGAGCGUGACCCCAAGAACCACCCCAAGCCCAACGACAGCAUGCACUACGAUUUCUACCUCAACGACAACGCCACUAGUGGUCGCAAGUUCCGUCAGAGGUUCGACGUGGACAACCCUGACCGUGAUGACGAGGACCUUUACACGCGGCAGCGCGAGUCUGCAGGCCCCUGCUUCCAGUUCAACCGUCUGCGUGCCUACGAGACGGCCCAGGAAUCCGAGUUGGACCACCGGAGCAAGUACGACGAGGAGUUGAUUAUUGCCUUCAACGACGACGAUACAUCUCUCCACCAGAAGGCCGCCUACUACUACCCUGUCAUGCAGCGCUCUCAAAUUCGACCCCAGCGAACCAAGAACAUUGCUCGCAAGAUUGGUCUUGCGGAUGAAGACGAACAGAUCAUCGACCAGUUGGAUGUCGAGAUCGACGAGCCUACGGAUGAAAUCAAGGAACAGUCUGAGAAGUUCAAGCGCGAUCCCUAUUUUUUGGAGGAUGAGGAAGAGGAGGCGCUGGCUGCCAAUGGCGAGGAUGCCCAGCAGAACGGCGAUGCGCACAGAGCAGAGGAGAGGAACGGAAGAUCCCGGUCGAGGUCUGUGCCGGAUCACUCGGAUGAGGAGAUUGAUGCGGAUGGUGACGAGGAGGACUAG